GGGGCGCGCGCGCCGGACGUCGCGGGGCGGGCUUGACCCCCGCUUCCGGAGGCGAACGCGAGCGGGCCUCUCGCGAUGGAGACGGUAACUUCAGGUAGCUCCUCAGCUCAGGAAAAUGAGCACCCAGAAGAGACCCCGGAGUCCAACAGUAGUGUGUAUACUUCCUUCAUGAAGUCUCAUCGCUGCUAUGAUCUGAUUCCUACCAGCUCCAAAUUGGUUGUAUUUGAUACUUCCCUGCAGGUGAAGAAAGCUUUCUUUGCUUUGGUAACUAACGGUGUACGUGCUGCCCCUUUGUGGGAUAGUAAGAAGCAAAGUUUUGUGGGCAUGCUGACCAUCACUGAUUUCAUCAAUAUUCUGCACCGGUACUAUAAGUCAGCCUUGGUACAGAUCUAUGAGCUAGAAGAACACAAAAUAGAAACUUGGAGAGAGGUGUACCUACAGGACUCCUUCAAGCCACUGGUCUGCAUCUCUCCUAAUGCCAGCUUGUUUGAUGCUGUCUCUUCGUUAAUUCGGAACAAGAUCCACAGGCUGCCAGUUAUUGACCCAGAAUCAGGCAACACCUUGUACAUCCUUACUCACAAGCGUAUCCUCAAGUUCCUCAAAUUGUUUAUCACUGAGUUCCCCAAGCCAGAGUUCAUGUCUAAAUCUCUGGAAGAGCUACAGAUUGGCACCUAUGCCAAUAUUGCUAUGGUCCGCACUACCACCCCUGUCUACGUGGCUUUGGGUAUCUUUGUACAGCACCGAGUCUCCGCACUGCCAGUGGUGGAUGAUAAAGGGCGUGUGGUGGACAUCUACUCCAAGUUUGAUGUUAUCAAUCUGGCAGCAGAAAAGACCUACAACAACCUAGAUGUGUCUGUGACCAAAGCCCUGCAGCAUCGAUCACACUACUUUGAGGGUGUUCUCAAGUGCUACCUGCACGAGACUCUGGAGACCAUAAUCAACAGGCUGGUGGAGGCAGAGGUUCACCGACUCGUAGUGGUGGAUGAGAAGGAUGUGGUCAAGGGAAUUGUGUCGCUGUCUGACAUCCUGCAGGCCCUGGUGCUCACUGGUGGAGAGAAGCCCUGAGCAGGGGUGGGUCGAGGCAGCUUCGGUAUGUGGCCUCUCUGCCGAAUGGACGCUCUGGGAAGCAGAUGAAACCUUGGGAGAAUUGGGCUGACACUUUUCCUGUGCAGGAACCCAUACCCUCUCCCCAGAAGACAGGAGACUGGAUGGAAAGGAGAAGAAUGUUUGGCUUCCCCUGCCCUCACAUAUAUACUUGAGAACUUCCAGCCUAGCCAGUCCUAGCCCUGUCCUCUUAGGCACAGCCCCCCUUUUGGGUGAAACAGGCUCUGUGCUCCACAGGCCAGUUCUGAUCUCUAAGAGAUCCCUAGACCUCACCCUGCUUCUGCCCUGAGAUAACAGCACAACAAAUCGGUCAUAAAGUUAUUUUUAUUCCUCCUGUUCAUGCUGUUUGGAAGAGGCCACAUCCAUUUAGUGACAUUCCUUGCCCUGGUUUGAGCAGGGAGGAGGCCUCUGGAUUCCUGUGCUGUGUACAUAUGAAGGAAGAUGCUAGGUGGAGGAGGAGGGCAGAGUGGUGAGCCAAGGUUAUUUUCAUGGCAAAUCUAAUUAAAUGACAACAGUUUCAUUAUGG